GGCUAUGGAACUUUAGAGGGCAAGUGUGAAAUGAUAGGAUUCAAGUAUUAUGAUAUGAUCAACAAAGGAGAAAUGACUUUGGAUCAGGCGCUCGACGAUAUCAUGGCCUACACGCGGUCACACAACAUGAAUCCAAAGGAGGUACAAUAUUGCUGGUUAUCCCUUCACUUGGGUCUCGGAUUAUGCUUCCAGUUAAAAGUCAACGACAAGAAGCCACUUCGAAGAUUCUUACUGGAACUUCUUCAAUACAGUCGAGGAAUAGACAUGGGUCUAUUUAUGAGAGAUUUCAUGUAUUAUGAUGACUUGUCUGUUUCCAACGAAACACUAGACAAGGCUUACCAUGUAAUCCAGGCAGCUGCUGGAUUUGUAGUGGAUUUCACAGAGAAUAAGUUGGGAGAUAAACUAUUUAAAGGCCCAGCUCGUGUGGUGUAUAAAGAACUCAUACAGGGAAGCCAAGCUUAUUAUCUCGAUAUACCCAUAGGGCACCCAACUCUCCUAAUGACGGGCAAUACCUCAUCAGAUAACCAUAUUGGAACCCAGUGCCUCACUCUGGCGUGUGAAAAUUUGAAACCGCAAGUUGUUCUGCUACUGCUACAAUAUGGUGCAACACCACAUGGAAAACCUCUCGAACACGUACUUCGAAAUCUUGGAUCCCAACAAAUUAUCGAGGAAGCAACCGGACAAGGCAUAUCCGAAAAUCCAAUGGAACUACUAGAACGGUGCUUAGAAUAUAUUCUGCGAACAAUCAAAACACUUCAUCUAAAUUUUGAUGGUCAAACCGUGGCACAUCUUAAAGAAAAGUCUCCGCAUGUUUAUUUUAUACGAGAAAGUGCUGCAAGAUAUUUGCCGAGUGAAUACUAUAAAGCUCCCCGCAAACUGAAACAAUUGUGUCGAUGUGAAAUUCGAGAGACCCUUUUGAAAAAUGACCAAUUACCAUCUGGAAUAACAAACCUUCCAAAUCUUUCUGAACAUUUAGUCAAAUACGUACAACUGGCAUGUUAGGAGAUCUAACUUUUAUUAAUAUUCCAUAUUUUGUUUCAACAAUUUUAAGUAAUUUUCCAAUGUAAAAUGUCAAUAAAUUAGCAUACAUAAAAAAAUCAAA